AUGGAUAACCUUACUCUUGACACUUUAGAUGCGAGUGAAGCCUCUUCCUUGGAACUUCCUUUUAAGGAAAUGGAGGUCUUAGAGGUGGUAAAACGGUUGAAUCGUGAUAAGGCUCGAGGCCCUGAUGGGUUCACUCUUGCGUUCUUCCAAGACUGUUGGGAUGUGAUCAAGUCUGAUCUCAUGGGGGUAUUCCAGGACUUCCACACUCAUAGUAAGUUUGUCAAAAGCAUUAAUGCCACUUUUAUAGCCUUAAUUCUGAAUAAGCCCGGGGCUGUGGAUCUUAAAGAUUUUCGGCCUAUCAGUCUUGGUGACCCUCUGUUGUCUUUCUUGUUUGUCAUUGUGAUGGAGGCCCUUAGUAAGUUGUUCUCUAUAACUGUUAUAAGGGGCUUCCUCUCUGGCUUCUCUGUGAGCUCUGGCAGCAAUGGAGUGAUUAACAUUUCUCAUCUGUUAUUUGCUGACGAUACUUUAGUGUUUUGCGGGGCUAAUCCUGAUCAUCUCCUCUAUCUUCGUAUGUUAUUGUUGUCUUUUGAAGCUGUUUCAUGUUUGAAGAUUAACUUGGAUAAGUCAGUGUUGGUUCCUGUGGGUCAUGUGGAUAAUAUGGAUGAUUUGGCUGGCAUCUUGGGCUGUGGAGUUUCUUAUUUUCCUUUAAAGUACCUUGGACUACCGUUGGGGGCCCCUUUUAAGGCUAAGUCCAGCUGGGAUGACGUAGUUGGGGAGGAUGAAGAAGGGGAAUUGGCUGGGAAAUCAACGCAGAAGAACCAAAUCAGGGGUAAAGAAGAUGAGAAAUUGGUUUGGUGGUAUAAGGGUGCUGCUGGCCUUCCUUUCGUCUAUGACUUUAGGGUGGAGAAGAUGAGAAAGCUGAAUUUCCUUUUGUCCAUGGUAGAAGGCACAAGGAAAGAGGAGUAUGGGUUUGUGGAAGACUCCACAAUCACAUAUUUAAUGAUGCAAGUUCCGAUGAUGAGAGAUUGGUUUCAGUAG